GCUACCGCUGCUGCUUUUCAGAGUGGUUGCCUUUUAGCCACCCCGAGGAAAGAGCAGGCGCCAUUGCCGGGAGGAUCGAACCGAGGGGGCCGCAGCGCGCGCGCCCCUUCCCCUCUCUUCGGCGGAGGGCAGCGGGUGCCCCGCUCCUGCUCUCCCCCUGACGUUCCCCCGCAGGAUGCCUGCCUUGCCCUGGCGGCCGAGCGCGGCCAUCCCUUCCGCCUUGCUUCUCCUGCCGCUGUUCUCCUUGGCUUGGGCGCGGAGCAACUCUCGGGGACUGGCGGGGUUCCCCCCCAACGCCGCUUCUUCCCCUACGACCCCCAUCGCCAUCAUGGGCUUAAUGCCGCUGAGCGACUCGGUGGAGAAGGGCAAGAUCGGCCGGGGGGUCUUACCGGCGAUGCAAUUGGCAAUGGAGCAGAUCCUCAACGAAUCGCUGCUCAACCCCUACUCUCUGGACCUGCGCUACUACGACACUGAGUGUGACAAUGCAAAGGGUCUUAAAGCCUUCUAUGAUGCAAUAAAAUAUGGACCUACACAUCUAAUGGUUUUUGGUGGCGUAUGUACAACUGUAACAUCCAUCAUUGCUGAAUCCUUAAUAGGAUGGAAUUUGGUCCAGCUCUCGUUUGCAGCAACAACACCAGAAUUAGCAGAUAAGAAAAAAUAUCCUUAUUUCUUCCGGACAGUGCCAUCCGAUAAUGCUGUGAACCCGGCAAUUUUAAAGUUGCUCAAGCAUUAUAAAUGGAAAAGAGUAGGAACUUUGACCCAAGAUAUACGAAGAUUUUCUGAGGUACGGAAUGAUCUAACUGGAGUUCUAUAUGGUGAAGAUAUUGAAAUAUCAGAUACAGAGAGUUUUUCUAAUGAUCCUUGUACAAGUGUCAAAAAGCUUAAGGGAAAUGAUGUUAGAAUUAUCCUUGGCCAGUUUAAUGAGGAAAUGGCAGCAAAAGUAUUCUGUUGUGCAUUUCAUGAAAAAAUGUUCGGCCCUAAGUAUCAAUGGAUAAUUCCUGGGUGGUAUCAGAGCUUCUGGUGGGAGAAAGCUAUUCCAAAGCUGAAUUCAUCACACUGUCUUGGUAUAAACCUUCUGGGUGCAAUGGAAGGUUACAUUGGAGUGGAUUUUGAACCUCUCAGUUCGAAACAGAUAAAAACUAUUUCUGGAAGGACUCCACAGCAGUAUGAAGAGGAAUAUGAUCAAAGGCGUGGAAAUGUUGAGCCAAGUAAGUUCCAUGGCUUUGCUUAUGAUGGAAUAUGGGUAAUUGCCAAAACACUGCAGCAGGCAAUGAAGAUUCUUAAUGCCACCAACAGAAACCAAAAAAUUGAAGACUUUAACUAUACCAACAAAGAACUUGGAAAGAUUUUCUUGGAUGCAAUGAAUCAAACCAGCUUCUUUGGUGUAACGGGUCAAGUUAUGUUCAGAAAUGGAGAGAGGAUGGGGACCAUCAAAUUCACACAGUUUCAAGACAAAAAGGAAGUAAAGGUGGGAGAAUAUAAUGCUAUACUUGAUUCACUGGAAAUUAUCAACAAUUCUAUCAAAUUCCACGGGAAAGAACCUCCAAAGGAUAGAACAAUUAUCCAAAAGCAACUUCGUAAGAUUUCUCUGCCUCUCUACAGUAUUCUUUCAGCACUUACUAUCUUGGGAAUGAUCAUGGCCAGUGCGUUUUUGUUCUUUAACAUCAAAAACAGAAAUCAGAAGCUAAUAAAGAUGUCCAGUCCUUACAUGAACAAUCUCAUUAUUCUUGGGGGAAUGCUCUCCUAUGCAUCUAUAUUCCUUUUUGGGCUUGAUGGAUCUUUCGUUUCUGAGAAAACAUUUGAGACACUUUGUACUAUCCGGACAUGGAUUCUUACAGUGGGUUAUACGACUGCAUUUGGGGCAAUGUUUGCAAAAACAUGGAGAGUCCACGCAAUCUUCAAAAAUGUAAAAAUGAAAAAAAAGAUCAUUAAGGACCAAAAACUAAUGGUGAUCGUUGGAGGAAUGCUACUGAUAGAUCUUUGCAUCUUGAUUUGUUGGCAAGUUGUUGAUCCUUUGAGGAGAACAGUGGAAAAAUACAACAUGGAGCCUGACCCUGCCGGCCGAGAUAUUUCAAUUCUUCCCAUUUUGGAGCAUUGUGAAAACACUCAUAUGACUAUAUGGCUUGGCAUAGUUUAUGCCUAUAAAGGCCUACUCAUGCUAUUUGGCUGUUUUUUAGCUUGGGAAACUCGAAAUGUGAGCAUUCCUGCUCUGAACGACAGUAAAUACAUCGGCAUGAGUGUUUAUAAUGUGGGAAUCAUGUGCAUCAUUGGAGCUGCAGUUUCCUUUCUUACACGAGACCAGCCCAAUGUACAGUUCUGCAUUGUGGCGCUAGUCAUUAUAUUUUGUAGCACCAUUACCCUCUGCUUAGUCUUUGUACCUAAGUUAAUCACUCUGAGAACAAAUCCAGAUGCUGCCACUCGGAACAGAGGGCUUCAGUUCACCCAAAAUCAGAAGAAAGAUGACUCAAAAACGUCAACAUCUGUCACCAGUGUCAACCAAGCCAGCACAUCUCGAUUAGAAGGGCUACAGUCAGAGAACCACCAGCUUAGAAUGAAAAUAACAGAGUUGGACAAAGCUCUAGAAGAAGUGACAAUGCAGCUUCAGGACACACCUGAAAAAACAACAUAUAUUAAACAGAACCACUAUCAAGAGCUCAAUGAUAUUCUCAGUAUACGCAAUUUUACAGAAAGCAAAGAUGGUGAAAAAACAGUGUUGAAAAAUCAUCUUGAUCAAAAUCCACAAGCACAAUGGAAUACUACAGAAUCGUCCAGAACAAGCAAAGAUUUUAUAGAAGAUAUCAACUCCCCAGAACACAUACAGCGACGGCUCUCCUUACAGCUGCCUAUUCUUCAUCACGCUUAUUUGCCAUCCAUCGGAGGAGUUGAUGCCAGUUGUGCCAGUCCAUGUGUCAGCCCCAGUGCCAGUCCACGGCACAGACAUGUGCCACCAUCUUUUCGUGUGAUGGUCUCUGGCCUGUAGGAGGACAUCAGAGCUCCCUGAACUGCUUUUGGUACUCAAUGGCUGGACUGAACGUCUUGUGUCGAACUCUUGCCUUCUACAUAUCCUUACUCUUACCACAGAGAAACUAGUGCUAUAAGGCCAUUAUCAAGGGAGGGCCAGCUCCGCUGCUGGGAAAAAGUAUGUAAAGCGGAGAGGUUAGGCAGAGGUUGAUCUGUAGCCUUACUUGUGGACGUUUUUAUUUCUUUGCAAAGACAGUGACCAAAACCAUGUUUCUUCCCAAAUUUCUAUAAGAGGCAAGGUGGCUAAGAAACCUAAACUUGACCAAAAAAAAAAAAAAAUACAACAGACCCCACUGCAGCAUCACUAAGUUUUAUACUGCUACUGAAAAUGUGAAACAUGAGAAGAAGAAAAGAAAAAUCUCAUCAAAAGAGUGCUGAUGUUACUGAGAUGUAUACCAUAUGAGGGAUUGCAUUCAGCUUCUGGAGACCAUAGUUAAUUGGGCUGACCUUAAUUCCUGGAACUAAACUCAGUGAGGAAAAAGACUUUUAGGGAUAGUUCCAGCGUCACUGAGAUUUGCAUUCAGUCCAGGUCAUUCAACUAAAGAUACACUUGGAGCAGAAAAUGCUUUGGGGGCGGGGGGGAAGCAAAUCCAAGGCCAAGAUUUUAGAGUGGCUACGGCAAGCAUCCCAGUUUUGGGAGUGAUACUCUUUCUCCUGUUAAGACAUUGUGCUCGGUUGAAUCUUGGGGUGACUUUCUGAAAAUAGCAGAAAACUAGAUCUAGACAGUGCUUAAGGCUGAGGAUUGCUACUGAAAUCUUCAUAUCAUAAGAAUAGAAUAGAAUAGAAUUCGUUAUUGGCCACACAAGGAAUUUGUCUUGGUGCAUAUGCUCUCAGUGUACAUAAAAGAAAAGAUACCUUCAUCAAGAAUUCUAAAGUACAACACUUAAUGAUAGUCAUAGGGUACAAAUAAGCAAUCAGGAAACAAUAUCAAUAUAAAUCGUAAGGAUACAAGCAACAAAGUUACAGUCAUACAGUCAUGAAUGGAAGGAGAUUAAAGUGGAUUUCUCUCCCUGAGCUUGCUUGAUUUAAACCACAGCAUAAUUAAUAGUACAGGUAAUUGAGCAGAGGAACAAGAGGAGUAGGGUCCUUAGGCACCACACUUUGCUGCUGCAGUUGAAUUCUGCAGAAACAGAAAUCAUACAGACGCUACCUUUGCUUCACAUCUCUGUGUGUGAAAAACUGGUCAUUGAGAAUAAGGUAGGCUGAACCAAGUUUGUCAGUGUUGGUUAAAACAUACCCUUUGGGAUUUGAUUUUUUAAAAAAAAGACAAAUCACAAAUAUGUGGUACAGUAAUUUGAAGCAAAAUGGUUUUUCUCUCUUGUAAAUUCCACCUAAGAGAAUAGAUUUCAUCUAUUUCCUUCCUGGGAGCAACUGAAUCUGCUAUUAAUUAGAAAGCAACAUGAGAGAACUCAUAUGAAAUGGGCUUCCAUAAACUUACUGUUAAGAUUUGAUCCACACAUGUGCUGCUUUGUAUCCUAGUGGUUCUAGGACAUCUUGCUAGGAUUAAGAUUACUGGGCAUGCAUAAUCCAAAGAGAGGCACCGGGUCCUUUACAAUUUCAUGGCAUGGAGAACUUCAGCUGCAUUUCUUUCCUGACCAAACACCUGAGAAAUGCUACAUUGGAUGAACUUCCAAUUGCUAUGUAGUUCUGGGCCACAAUACCUUCACUGCUGCAGGUUGCACAUUCAGUAUGGGAGGGGCUUAAAUACAAGGGUUAAGAUUGCUCUUGUCUUACUGCAUCCUAGGAUGUUCAAGUGAAAGCUUAAGUCUACGCUUUUUCAUGCCUCUAGGUUUGUUGAUUUUGUUUUUAACUAGUGGAGCUGCUUGUGACAUAUUGUAUAGUUCCACCAGUUGAAAUCUGUGUAUCGUUUGGAAAGGCAUGAAUCACACAGUCUGUCAGGAUGUUGAGCAAGCUUAAAUCCCAAUGCAUGCUGUAAUAAAGAUGUGCCUACCAUGUGAAAGGCACGAAAGCACACUCCAGAGCCUGAUUGUUGCAGAAGACAGGAAAAAUACCUUUCCCCCACAAACAAACAAAAACUAUUCUUCCUGCAUCCCAGUAAUGUAUUGGUUCAGACUAUUUUGUAUUGCUGUUAAAAUAGCAAAAUUAAAAUAAAAUCUGGCACUGGACCUAAACUAUUAGCCAGACGAGGAAAAAAAAAACUAGGCCUGUCAUAUCACUUUUAUUUUCCUUAAAUCCCAUUCUCGCACUAUAAUGGAUACCACUUUGCCAAACUGCACUGCUCAGCAUUGGAGCUGGCCACCUUUUGAAAAUCAUACAUUAAUUAUAGCUUGUAAAAGAAGGUAUGGUGAAGAAGAGGUAGUUUUAUUUCUAUUGCACUUUCUGUCCCCACACAGGAAUAAACCUGUUCCACAAAUGUCCCCAGAAUAGCGUUUAGUAUCUGCACAAGAAAGAGAUAUGCCAACCCAGUCAUUGCCGAUGCCGCUGAUCCUACCUGCCUGAUUAUAUUUCCCAUGAAUCUUAAUCCCUUGAAGGUAUCACAGAAACGCUCCUUGAACACACAUCAUGGAGAAAUCAGGAGGGGAUCGGGAAGGGUUAGAACCACAGUGAGUAAAUUUACCACAAAGGAAGUAGAACACAUUACUCCGUUUGAGCACUAACCACUGAAGGUGUUGUCUGGUGUGGGUGUGCACAUGCGUGCACGCACUUGUGCGCGUGCAUGUAUGUAUGUUAACAGUAUUCUCUUAAUGUAUGAAUAAACUUCAUCAGGACUUUAUUUAAUACAAAUAAAUAUUACUUUUCAAAAAAGGACAAUACUGUAUAUAAUGUAUACACAAACAUUUCUGUAGAAGAUAUUAUUCCAACAUAGCAGGAAACAAAACAAAAAAAAAUCAAAAGUAUUGGACUCUUGGCGGUGAGUGUGUGUGUCUGUAACUCUUUGUGACUACUGACUGUGUGCUGUUUCUUAGGUUUAAAUCACGCAGUACAUUCUUUGUCUAAAAUGCAACUGUAGUUUCUCCCACAAGUUUUCUUUUCUUUUCUAAUUUCCUGCAGAAAAUAAGACCCAUAAAAUGACUAUAGCUAUUCAAUGUUUCUGGGUUUUUUUUAAAUAUCCUGCAGCAAAAAUGUCCUGUAAAAAAUUACGAUGAGGCUCUGCCCCAAUGGCAUUUUCCAACAAUGACAGUGCACAAAUGCUUCAACCCAGACUGGACCAGUAAGAAUUAUUUUUUAAGAAGCAACAGAGAGGAAGAGUGAGAGAACUUGGAGAAUUUCUUGUAUACCCCUUAUACUGCAUGAAAAUAAAUUUUUAAUAAAUUGUUGCAAAAAAAAUCUGUUUUAUUAAUAAAAUAGAGAAAACAUAAUUACUACUUGGUGAUUUAUUUGCUGAAUUUUAAUAUACAGCUUUAUGAUAUUUUAUUUUAAUGUAUGUAAUGUACCACACAGGAAACUUUGAAUAUUUCUGAACUGGAUUUGUGCCAGAUGUUAUGGAACUUGUAUCAGUUUCUACUUGUUCAUCUUCCUAUAGCUGAACUUGAGUGAUAAAUUCAAUAUAUAACAAAUGAACACAGGAACAAACACAAGAAAUAUAAGCCAACUACUGUAUUGGAAAUCUUUAUGAAAUACUGGGCAUUUUUUGUGUGUGCAUACCGAUAGGCAUUCCUUGGAGACAGUCAAAAAUAUAGAACAUCACGUUUUAUGUGUUCAGAUAAUUCAGUUUUAGGGGUAUGAAAAAACACUCUCUGGUUCAUUUAUGUAUUUUACAUAAGAAGAUUUAUAUUUGUUUUCACCCUUGUUAAAAUUACAUUGUGAUGACUAAUAUGUAAGGAGUGAUCCAUUGGUGUCCCUGUAUUUUUAUCCCUGUUAAAAUGACAUACCACAUGGACAACACAGAUAUUAUAGAUGAAUAUCGAUAGAAGAAUUUGUUUGCAGAGUCCUCAGGAGUCCAGUUUAGUUAAUCAUAACUAGGUUAGGGGGAAAUGAUAAUCACUCCAACAUCCCUACUCAAAGCACCAAGACAGCAAAGUCAACCAAGACUAUCGAUGAAGGCUUAAAUUCUCAUCCAAUCUCAAAGUUCCUGAGACAACAGAAGACAACAUUGGAAGAUAUUGCAAUCACUGGAAGAAGGCAAAAAGCACUAUAACUCUGCGGGAUUAAUUCUAAUCUCAGAUUUAUUGUGUAUUCUAAUCCACUAAAUCAAUUUCUUUAAUAGUGAAGGAACAGAAUCUUCCCCCUAGAAUAAAGAAAAGACUUGAUAUUUUUUAUCUCCCAUAUACUAGAUUGGAUUUUUCUCAUGUGUGUGUAUGUGCAUGCACACCUGUUUGCACCAAUGUGUAUACUCACUGCUCAACCUUGUUGUAUGUGAUCUUUAAAAUCCUGGAUUAAACCUUGCACUUGUUAUCAAUUGAAAAAAAAAUGAAACAAAUAUGAAUAUCAGGUAGUCUUCAUUUAGCAACCACAACUGGGACCAGCAACUCAGUCAUUAAGUGAAAUAGCCAAAGUGAAACUGCAACUGUGAUUAUGAGUUUCUGCUUGCCUUUGCUUUAAAGAUCUGCAAAAUAAAUGCGAGGCUUGGUCAUAAAGUUGUUUUUUCAUCCCCAUCAUAAUUGCAUAGUAUCUAAAUGAGGCAGUUGCUGAAUGAGGACUACCCGUAUAAACCUCAAGAUUCAACUUCCACCAUGUUCAGCUGCAAUAUCUGCAACUAGAUAUCACUCUCUCAUAUCCCUUUGUAGGAAUAUUGGUUCGUUCCUUCAUGGUGAACAGCUUCAGCCCAAGAAUAUUUUGACAGCAAUCUGAAACAAUUGCUUGUUUCAGAUUCUAAUUUCUUCGACUUGGCCAUUCUGAAAAAUUAUUUCUUGCUGCAUGACUCACUUGUACCCUAGUUUCAGCAUACACGCAGUUUCUCCUGUAGCUGCCAAAUCAAAUCCUUGCCUAUAUCAAUAAUGGCAAGUGAGACAGAUCCUGAUUCAAAAAAGCAUCAUCAAAACCAUGAGACAACUAUAUGGCUGUACUUGACAGCUGACAUGAAGUUCCUAUUGUGUAAAGCAGUGUUUUGUUUCCACCAAUCUUGUGAAACAUCACAUGACCACGCCAAACUUAACUACAUCAGUUCUACUACCGUAGAAUUGGCGAGACCUUACAUGACCAUGAUUGGCCAAUGUCUCCAUUGAGUCUGUUAGAAGAUGGCUGUGAAGUGUUUAAAUGGUGUCCAUAUGAUUGGGACACAGCAAUAGUCAUAAACACCUGUUGGUUGCAAAAUGUCCAAAUUUUAAUCCUGUGAACAUAUGGAUGCUGCAGUGAUCGUAAGUGUGAAGACUGGUCGUAAUGUUAGUACAAAUGUAACUUUGAAUGGUUCUAAACAGGGCAGGCUUUAAGCGAGGACUACCUGUAUUGCCCCCAAAUCUUCAUUUCAAAUCAGAAAUGGCUUUGUAAUCUUUUUCCAUCUUGAUA